ACCCUGGUCCCUUGCCAAUAUCACCCAAGUCCGAGGUAUCCAACUGUGAGACGUCGAGAGCUCAUGUAGUCACUCGGAACACAGGCGCAUUCCUGGCCCUCAUCUGAAGGGGUUUCUCACCGACCGCCUGGGUUCCGCGCAGAAAGCCCGCUCUGCAUCUGACCAGCAGGCGCCUGACGCAUGCUGUACGCAGUAUGUGCCCUGAUUCGGAAUGCGCAACCUAACAUCUUGUCCAGCUACAGGAGCAGGCGUCCACUCUGCGGCCAUGUAGUAUAUAGUACGCCUCACAGUGGCAGCUGGAGUCGUGUCCAUAUAUACAUCGAAUGCCAAUGUGAUCUAGCCGGUGUAAAGCGAGUGAGAACAUGCUCUGCGUGUACCUGGUAUCUCUCUCUCUCUCUCUACAUUUGUGCCGCAGUUCCACGAGUUGGAGAAUUGACGAAUCCAGACCACGUGAGACGGAAAUAGACUGGAAUUGAAUUCCAGCCGAGCGAAUGUAUUCCUCGAAUAGCGAAGAAAAGCAGUCGCUGCGAACCUAGAGGUGUACCUCUGAAUUCUCUCCUGCUAAGCGUUGCCGUCGUUGCUGGUCGUUUCGCUUUGUAAGGACUGGUUCAAGCAUAGAGUGUGAGACACCCUCAGUCAGAACUUCCGAGUCGUUCAGGGCAAGCGAUCAUUUGACGUUGUAGCUCCAGAACGAGCUGCCUAGCUUUUGACCUUGUCUGGUGUCAUUCUGCCCGUUGCGACAGCGCUUCAAAAUGGAGAGAGUGGCCGCCAUUCCAUGAAGCCCCAGACAAACGAGGACAACUACGUGUUGCUGACAACGUCACUUCACAUCUGCUUGUCUGUGUCUACCCCCUGGACGAAUCGAGCCUUCAAAAGACGGAUGGUCCCUUGAAUUCGCAGUUAGUUACUUCUGCCGUUGGCCAAUGCAAAGCUGGAUCGAUCAACAAAAUAGUGGGAGACUGCGAGCAAAGAAACAACAUAGCAACUCUGCGCCGAGGCAUCCUGUCAUCCGUAUCAAUAUCUUCACCCGGAGUUGUCAGAAGAUCUCUGCUUGGCGCUGACAGCGCCUUGCUAAGAGAGGAGACAUCUAAAACCAAGCAUGGCGGUGUGUCUGGAAGGCGCCGCAGCGCGGACGCAGUGCCGGACGCUGACCGUGUGCAAUCUUGUCCACAACAUGGUGGUGCUUUGCGCGGCGGUGUGUCUGCAUUCCGCUACAAGAGCAACUGGGUCUCCCGUCGUACAAGUGACAAGAGGACGAUUGUCGCGACGAGCAGAUGGGAAGCACCAAGGAAGCUCACUCGUAUGCGUGUCCUACAGAGAGGUGAACGAAACGAAAAACGUCAGUCGCACCAUAUCCCUCGUGACCCACUGCGCCAACCCGCGUAUGCCGCUGGCAGUGCGACUCGCCUGCAACCACCGAUAUGUCCAAACUGUACAGGACGGUGACGCAAGUCUGCGCGAUUUCAACUGGAUCAACUUCACGUACACCGUGCAGGAGACGAAGACAGUUUUAGUACGCCUUCCCGGUCGUGCCAGCUACCGACGAAAGCUUCGAGGAAAUUUCCACUGGAUUGACUGGAACUCCACACUUCCGCUGAUUAAACACCCAGCAGGAGCGACGUACGUACGGUGCGAAUGGAGGUUCGUCCUCAAGACCAAAGAAGAGUUUCGCCAGGAUAACAGCGAGCAGGGACCCGCGGCACGGAUACACCUGUUCAACAAGGUCUGGGUUAGACGCGCGCCGAACAGGGCGGGCUGUCGACGAACGGACGGCAGGCUUACAAUUGCAGUGCAGAACGUUACUGGCAGCAAACGGUUUGUGGAGCGCGAACGAUACUGUGGGCGUCGCCAGCUACCUGGCGAGCAGAUCAAGCACUUCUGGCCCGAUACAUCCGUCGUCACGAUGAGCUUCCGGUCCAGCCUGUCAAACGCCAGGCCAGUCGGUCCCUACGGGUACUUCUUCAGUUACCGCGGCGACGAACUGAUCAAUGGCUGCGCGUAUGACUGUUACCAUAGCGAUGCGCGACCGUACGAUUUCUGUCGCAAUGCAAGCCUACCAGCAUUCCUGAAGAUCUCAGUGGACGAAUCGCGUGUGCGUAACUACACGGUGUCCGAAAUGAUGGAGGGCUUCGCGCACGCCAUUCGCUUACUGCAAGAUGAGGCUCGCGAGUACCACUGCAUACAGCGGUACCCCGUGUUCAAGCAGCUGUUCCUGAGAGGCAGUACGCCCAACUUCAUGGCAGCAAAGUCGAGUAGUGCGGAGGAUAAAGCACCUGUACCCAGUGCAGCAGCUGAGACGCAAAACAGCAUAUCAUAUUGAUGAUGAUCGACGUGACCAAUGAACGCUCAGACUUCGCAGAUAACACUUGUUAUAUAUUUUCCUGAUUGCAGACUAUUGAGAGAUGAAUUUCUAUUUUAUUACAGAAGAUUCCUUUUUUGCUUUCCCCGCCUUUGAUAUUGAGACGAGAAUCUCUGAAGUAUUCUACGGACUUACCCACAUAGGUAAACAAAAUUACGAUAAGUUCACCGGAUAAGAUACAUACGGAACUAAGGCGUCACAACCGCUGAAUUCAAAGAUAACUUUCUGAAGUCUAUUUCUGCUCACAUAGAUGCUGUAAAUGUCUGGUCUUCCUGCAAGAUCUCGAGUGAAAGACACGCUGGGCUUAGGAGCGUGCUGAAUGUAUCUUUGCAACGUGGUAUGCUCUUAGUUAAUCCCGAACACUAAGCGCUCGAGCUUUUGUUCCGCAGGUUUCUAGAGUUGAUCUCGUUUUUUUGUGUGUUUAUCGCUGCAAUGCUUUCUGCUUCCUUUUCAGACUUGAUAAAGAGUUUACUGAUAUUAUUAUUGACUACCACAAUUAUUAUCAUUAGCUGACAGUCACGCGAAUACGACCUUAUGGCCAUACAUGGCAGGUCAUUGAUUCCCUCAUGGAUUAAGUUAACGUGGCAUAUCACCCAAAAAUUCCCUAAAAAUCGAAUUUGUAAAUUCA